AUGUUUGCCUUUCCUUCCAAUCCAGACCAAGCGACUACUAUUGAAACUCCAUCGGAUCAACUAAUAUCACAAGAUAUUCAAGGUGAAGAGCCCACAAAAGCAUCUCAUAACGGCGUAGAAGCUGCCGAUAGCCUGACUAGCAAUUCUCCUACCGAAUCUUUCACAACCUGCAACGUUCCAAGUUACGUCAAACUGCAAGCCAAGCUUGAAUGCAGUUUACAGCCUCAGCAGGUCUCCACUCCUGUCCAGCACAUUUCCAAUCCAUUGAAUAAUCAAAACAAGAUAACCCUGAAUGGUUUUACAAGCCCACACGCAGCAACUGUUGUUCUUUUUCUAACCAAAGCACCUAUAAAGCAGCCCAAUCUGUUCUGCACAUCAAGUCAAUCUGAAGAUAAUCUAAAUACCGUUCAAAAUGAAGAUGAAUCUCUUAUGCAACUGAUGCAAACCAUGGGAUUACCGACUGCAUUUGGUUCAAACAAACAAAAUUCCAAUUAUGAGGAUCAGGCAAGGAAAAGUCACAGUGGAAAAAAGAAGAAAGGGAAAAAAAAGAUCAACCGGAUGAAAGAAGAGGCUAAUGAAGAUGACGCUAAUUUAAUGACAGAUAACCAUCAUUUAGAAAGCUAUGAACCAGCAAAGAAACAGACUGAACUAGAAGGAUGGCAGGAAUACUGGGAAAAAUACGGUAUACAAAUCGUAAAUACAGAAUGGAAAGAUGAUUGUAAUGUAGAUUGGCAAGACCAUUGUAAUCAAUGUUAUUGGCGCUCUUUCCAUUUAUACAAAAAUUGGUGUGAUACUGGUGUUUGGAUUCAAGAAAAUGAUGAGUCAAUCAAUAAUGCGUCAUCGACAUCGUUGCCUGUAAAAACAGAAGCGCCUGAUAGCGGCUCAAAUAUAGAAACAAGCAAAUACAACGAAACCCCUUUACCAUCAAUAUCUACGCAAGAUCAAGCAGAUUUAUCUAUUCAAUGUAAUGAAGGAGAUAGUCAAUUACAGCAAGAUCAAAAUAUUACUGAUGUUGACGUCUGUGUAUCAGCUGUAAAUGAUCAAGUUAUUCGUGUCAAUAAUCCAACGGAUAAAGUAAAAACCAGCUCUCACUCAAAAAGUCAAUCACAGCAAGAUCAAAAUAUUACUGAUGUUGACGUCUGUGUAUCAACAGUAAAUGAUCAAGCUGCUAUUCAUGUCAAUAAUCCAACGAAUAAAGUAAAAACCAGUUCACUUUCAAAAAAGAAAAAAAAGCCUAAAUCAAGGAAUACUAAAAAACAGAAAAUGCCUCUAAUUGAGGAUUUUCGUAUUAUCUACGAUGCAUUGGGCCUCCAAAUUGCACCAAGGGUGCAUUGUCAAAAUGAAAAAAUUCAUUACCUGAACGAAAAACUACAGAAAAAAUUUAUGAAUAGUGAUCUUAAAAGACCUUUAGUGCAUUAUAAAUUUAUUGACUCAGAUGAAUCAUCCGAUUACGAACAAAUCAACCAGUCCCCCAAUUCUUCAAUGAGAACUGAUGAAGGAGAGCCAGUUGACUUCGCAUCAAAUGUGCCUGCGGUGAAGCCAUUGAAUCGUAAGCAUUACAAGUAUUGGGUUCAGAGAUAUAGGCUUUUUUCUAAAUUUGACGAAGGAAUAAUGCUCGAUGAAGAGGGAUGGUUUUCUGUAACCCCUGAAAAAAUUGCACAGCAUAUAGCCGAACGAUGUCGAUGUAGCAUCAUCAUAGAUGCAUUUUGUGGUGUUGGCGGAAAUUGUAUACAAUUUGCUAAAACUUGUGACCAUGUCAUUGCUAUAGAUAUUGAUCCUAAUAAAAUAAAAUGUGCUCGUCACAACGCUAAAAUUUACAAUGUCGAGCAUAAAAUCGAAUUCAUUGUUGGAGAUUUUUUGCAGUUAGCGCCUUCUUUAAAGGCAGACGUAGUUUUUCUUAGCCCUCCUUGGGGUGGGCCGACGUAUUUAAAAGCGGAUACUUUUGAUAUAAAAACCAUGAUCAGCUUAGAUGGGUAUCGUAUAUUUGCGGAAUCACUUAGUAUUUCGAGGAAUAUUGCAUACUUCGUACCGCGCACUGCUAACGUCUCCCAGUUAACGCAACUUGCCGGAAUAGGAGGUAAAGUUGAAAUUGAGCAAAAUAUCAUUAAUGGAAAGGUCAAAACAGUAACAGCCUACUAUGGUGAUUUGAUAGGCCAAUAUUUAACAGAUGAUGGUUAA